AUGCUCAACUUGAUAAUUUUAGCAAUUUUGGUCUUCAUUAUUUGGGUCCAAUGGAAAUGGGAGCGAGAAGACGCCCGUAUGAACAUUCCCGGACCACCUUGGAUUCCAGUUUUCGGCAAUUUAUUGGAGCUUUACGGGGCUGCCAAACAAAAAUUGGCUUUUCACAAAUUUCAGGAGUAUCAAAAGCUGUAUGGAGACACAAUUAAAGUGCGAUUCGCACAUAUUAAACUCGUAGCAACCAGAGACAUAAAAUUCCAAGAAAUAAUUGCAAAUAAUCCAAAAUUCAUCAAAUCAGACGAAUACGAGUCCUUUCGGAUUUGGUUGGGAAACAGUUUGGUCAUUGCUCAUGGCGAAAGAUGGCAAAAAUUGAGAAAAAUGUUGACGCCUGCAUUUCAUUUUCAAAUUUUGGAGCGUUUUGUGCAGAUUUUUGAAGAGCAAUCCGAUGUUUUGGUGAAAAAAUUACAAAAACUUCAAACUACCAACGAUGCUUUUGAUGUUUUUCACGCAUUUUCAUUGGAUGUCAUUUCCGAGUCUGCGAUGGGAGUGAAGAUUAACUCACAAAAUGACCCGAAAACGAAAUUUGUGGAAGCAAACACGCAAAUGCUGUUUCUCUGUUAUGAGCGCUUAAUUAAUCCAUUUUAUCGCGUUGAAUGGAUCUGGAAGUUGACGAAUUUUUAUAAGAAACAAGUGGAGACGGUCAAUUACAUUAAUGACUUUGUAAAUAAUUUGAUAGAAAUACGAAGGGAAGUGUUAUUAGCAGGAAAUGAGACUUCUGAAAAAGAAAAUUCAAAGCCUGUCUUCAUUGAUAUCUUGCUUAAAUCGGAAUUGGAUGGAAGACCUUUGAGUAAUGAAGAGAUACGAGCUGAAGUGAAUACUUUUAUGUUUGCGGGCCACGAAACGACUGGAAGUACCUUAGCUUUUGUUAUGUAUCAACUAGCCAAAAAUCCCACGAAACAAAAAAAUCUCUAUGAAGAAAUCCGCAACUCUAGAAUCACAGACUCUCCUUUGACCAUGAAGUCCUUAAACUCCUUGCCAUAUCUUGACGGCGUCAUCAAAGAAGCUCUUCGCAUCCAUCCAAUUUUCCCAUCAGUUCCCAAAAAGUGCAUCGAAGACGUCCAUUUCAACGGAAUGUUCAUCCCGAAAAAUACUGUCAUCCUCACAACUUUCCAUCCGAACCACAUGGACCCCAAAUAUUUCCCAAAUCCCAAAGAAUUCUCUCCCGAACGAUGGCUAACGGAAAUCUCUUCUUCCGAUCGCAAUCCUUACAUUUAUCAACCAUUCUCAUCCGGGCUCCGUAACUGCAUCGGACAAAAAUUCGCAAUGCUCGAAGCCAAAACGGCAAUUGUGAAGAUCAUAUCGCAAUUUGACGUGACACUCGCCGACAAGGACUUCAAACCGCGCUUAUCGGUGGCAUUUACAAUCAAAUCGGAAAAUGGGAUGCCACUGAAAUUCACACCGAGACCUGCUUAAUAUGGACCAUGAAGCGAUGAUUUAACUAGCAGUGAACCCUUGUUAACAAAU